UUCUGCAGUCGUCUGAUUGGCGAUAAAUCCUCUUCUCCUUCUUCUCAUCUCUCUCCCUCUCUCUCUCUCUCUCAGCCCUAAGAGAGAAGAAAAGGCUCUGCGCCUUUUUCUUCAGGAAAAUCACCAAAAAAUCUUUAUCCGAAGUCAAGGUUGGUUUUCUCGUCGAGAGCCAUGUCGCAUAUGGUCUUUCAGAGCGUCGUCGCUCCCAAACCCUUAUCUCCGCUCAAACCAUGUUUACCCAUCCCUCGCCCACUCGUGACUCUGCCUUGUAAGCUCCGUCGCGGCUUCAUUAGGGCCUCGUCCUCUUCCCUUAUCGAUUCCGUUGGAGAUUCAGUAUCAGGUCUCGAGCGCUGCUUACAGUUGCCAAGUACCGGUGAAUUAGGCACAUCUUCCUCUGGCUCCUUCUCUGCAGCUUCUUCAGGUGCUCAGAUGAGUCCAGUGAUGAAAGGCGGGAAAUUCGGCUCGGUAGGAGCUGUUACUUUGGAAAAGGGGAAGCUCGACAUGACCCAGAAGAAAGUCGAGUCAAGCCCUGAGAUUGCAACUGGAGGAGGUGGUGGAAACAUUGGAAAGUCAGUCAAUUUUGGUGGUGGCGAUGGAGGUGACGAUGAUGGGGAUGAUGAUGAUUACUUUGACGAAUUCGAUGAUGACGAUGAUGGAGAUGAGGGUGGACUUUUUAGGCGUAGGAUGUUCCUCGCCGAGCUUUUUGAUAGGAAAUUUGUUGAUGCUGUACUGAACGAAUGGCAAAAAACAAUGAUGGAUUUGCCUGCUGGCCUCCGUCAAGCAUAUGAAAUGGGACUGGUCAGCUCAGCUCAAAUGGUUAGAUUCCUAGCCAUAAAUGCUCGUCCAACAACAACUAGAUUGAUCUCCCGUGCUCUUCCUCAGGGAUUGUCGAGAGCCUUUGUUGGCAGGAUGUUAGCGGAUCCUGCGUUUCUCUAUAGACUUCUUUUGGAGCAAGCUGCCACGGUUGGAUGCUCGGUUUGGUGGGAGGUGAAGACUCGUAAGAAUAGAAUUAAAGAGGAAUGGGAUCUUGCACUGAUAAAUGUUCUUACUGUGUCAGCAUGCAAUGCAGCUGCUGUUUGGUUGCUAGCUCCAUGUCGUUCCUAUGGAAACACAUUUCGGUUUGACCUGCAAAAUACACUGCAAAAGCUACCAAAUAAUAUAUUUGAAAUGAGCUAUCCUCUUAGAGAGUUCGACUUGCAAAAGAGAAUUCAUUCUCUUUUCUACAAGGCCGCAGAGUUGUCCAUUCUUGGAGUCGCGACAGGGGCUCUUCAGGGUUCGUUGUCAAACUUUCUGGCGGGAAAGAAGAAAAACAGAGUAUCUGUGACAGUCCCAUCAAUCACCACAAACGCUCUUGGUUAUGGCGCAUUUCUUGGAUUAUAUGCAAACUUGAGAUAUCAGCUGUUAUGCGGAUUUGAAAGAACAAUGAGCAGCCACUUUGAUGUCAUAGGAGUAGCACUCUUCUUUGGCACUGCCGUGAGGAUUAUGAAUGUUCAGUUAGGGGAAAGAUCAAGACAAAUAUGGCUAGGUGUGGAAGCAGACCCGCUGGCUCAGUCGGAUGAUCUACUGGCAAAAGCAUACACCCGAUCCUCAGAGGAAGCAGUAGCAAAGCCAUCUUCAAGAUGGUUCAUCUCAAAGAACGCAAUAGUCUCAGGGCUACUUGGUAUAAAGCAAGAGGACUCGGUUUCAGAUUCUCCACCUCCUAAGGCUCGGCGAAAGAGAAUUGUACGGAAGAAGGUUGCUGCAUCUGCCUCUUAAACAACCAACAAAACCUCAAAAAAUGUCGCAAUUUUAGGAUGCCCAUGGAAGAGCAACAGUGAGGUUAUGUUGUUCAUUUGAUAUGAGGCACGCUUGAAAAGUUUUGUUGCCAGAGGAAGAUGAAGGAAUCACCAAAAUGGGGGAUUUGAAGAAGACUAUAGCUUUUUUCUUUAUGACUUAAUCUCUCAAGUUUUUACUUGCUUUUGGAAAAAGACAUUUCUAUUUUUUAGGUGGUGUGGUGAUGCUAUCUCUGGGUAAAUCUCAAAUUGCCAUUCUGUAUUUUCACCUCAAUGUUUUUAAUAAAUAGCCAAAUCUUUGAUGUU